UUUGCCUACAAAGCCAUGUCUUCCAACCAGUCCAAUGUGGCGUCCAACACGCACGGCAGUCUUACCCUCACCGCCUCGCAAGCGGGGCCUACUACCCUCCGUCUCAGGGCCGAGGCCGAACCUUCCGAACGCCGUCGCAUUCAGUGGGCUGAAGAUGUGAUUGACAACGAAGGCAUGGGGAAGAAGAGCUCAAAAGUAUGCUGCAUCUACCACAAACCACGCGAGGCUGGUGAAUCCUNNCUGACGAGGACUCGUCCUCGUCUUCUUCCCUCCGACUCGGAUAGCGAGCCCGAUAUCAGCAGGGCUCAGCCUGCAAACCGUCGUCGCAACCAGCAUCACCACCAUCCAGACAGCCCAUGCGACCAUGAUACUGCCGACCCCUCUCAUUCACACGGCUCGGGCAAGGGCAAACAAAAGGCCCGCAGACCUAGUCCAAACGCCUACGAGCGGGUUCCCAGAAGAAAGACUCCUAAGAAGGACUGA